CGCGCGAGCUGGAAUGUUGAGGUGUCUCGCGCCAAAACGGAGCGGCACAAAACGCACGAGCCAGCUCGCUCAGCUGCAGCAGAAGCACGAGGCCGCGCAGAGAUGAGCGACGACGAGCAAAACAAGAAGGCGUUUCUGGAAGUCGCGACCCCUCUGUCCCCGGGGCCGGUGGGUAAAAAACAGCCACGCAUGCCGAAGUGCUCCCGGUGCAGGAACCACGGCUUCGUCUCGCCUCUGAAGGGCCACAAGCGCUUCUGUAACUGGCGGGACUGUCAGUGCCAGAAAUGCAAACUCAUAGCGGAGCGCCAGCGCGUCAUGGCCGCUCAGGUGGCUCUGCGGCGCCAGCAGGCUCAGGAGGAGGAGAUGGGCAUCUGCACACCAGUGAACCUCUCUGGUUCAGACAUUGUGGUGAAGGAUGAGCCAGGAAAUGAUUACGGCUUUGCAGUGGGAGCGAGAUCGCUUGCCUCUUCUCCUGCUGCCUCUGGGAGCCGCUCUUCUUUGACGCCGAGCCCCACCGCAGCCACCAGGGGACACUCUGAGGGCUCUGCUGACCUCGUGGUAGAUGCUUCCUACUACAACUUUUAUCAGCCUUCCCGCUAUCCAGCAUACUACAGCAAUCUCUACAAUUAUCAGCAGUACCAGCAGAUGCCCAGUGGAGAUAGCCGUCUGUCCAGCCACAACAUGUCCCAGCAGUACCGUAUGCACUCCUACUAUUCUGCAGCCUCCUACCUAAGUCAGGGUCUGGGCACAGCUGCGUGCAUGCCGCCCAUUUUCAGCAUGGAGGACAGCAGCGUCUGCCCUGAGCCGAAAACUGCAGCUUUCUCUCCUGAUGGAGUUCCUGACACCAGCUUGGCCUGCAUGCCUGUCAACCUUAUGGUGAGUGCUGAGAACAAGGCAGAAUGUGAGCCCAACUCUGACUCUGGAGCGUUUACUGUGGACUCCAUCAUAGAGGGAGCUGCUAAGUAAAAGUCUCAGAGAGUAUACCAACUGCGCUUGACUUACCUCAUGGCACUGUGGGGUUAAUGCCAUGGAGUGUUAUAUGCUUAAAAAGGUUUUGACAAUCAAAUUUAUAUUGUUUGAUAUUGCAUAUCAUUAUAGUUUGUUUAGGUUUGUUUUUUGCCAAUACCUGAAGUUUUAAGUGAUUGGAUAUUAUGUAGUUUGAUGAAAAAAAAGAAAGUUUUAGGCCAUAAAGAUGAGUUCAUAUAUAUGAGUUCAUAUAAACAAUCAGAGUCUCAAGAUCAUAAGACACUUUGAGUAUACAGAAGACCUUUUAAUUGAUAAAUUACAUGUUUUGGUCAAGCAACAAUUGAAAACUUUCUCCUAAACGAGAGUUCAUUCAGGCUUUGUACCUGUAACUGCCCUCAUGCAUUUGCACUGCAAUACAUUUCAGCUUUAAAACUGUUAUCAUUGCUAUAAUAAAUACAGAUGUUUCAAAAUAUUAUAUAUUUUUUUACAGUUAAUAUGCAGCAACUGUAUACUGUGAUAUUCAGUCUCGGAUAAUUUUAGCACCUUUGAUCCAGACGAAAAGGCGGUGCAGUUAUGGGUUAGUGUGCAGGAAUGAAUACUAAUGAAUUAUGCUUCAAUCUCACCACAACCAGUGCGUUGUUUAUUUAUGGCCACCAGCCAAAGGGCAUCAUUUAACUUUGGAUGAUUUGCAUCACUAUCUACCUCCUUGGAUUGUGAGAGGUUCUUUACCACACUUUUGUUUAUAAGCUGAAUGCUUCUGCCCUUUCUUUGCAUACUGUUGAGUUGUCACUGUUUGUCCUUGACAGUAAUAUCCCUGAAUGAUGUUUCAUAACUUGCCUUAGUUAACUAAAAUACUCUACACAUUGCUAGAGCAGUACCUAUUCAAAUAGAAUAUAGUAUUACACGUAUCUCUUGCAGAGAUAGAUCACGAUAAUUAAGCUUAAUCACAAUCUAAAAAAAAAUCAAACAAAUAUUUUAUAAUUAAUCAUUUUUAUAGUCAACAAAAAUGAAAUAUCUCCCAGUUAAGUAAGGCAAGUUGAAUUACACAUUCAAGCAGUUAUUAUUUUUAUAAUAAAGCAAAGGGGACUGAACAUCCCUCUUAUCUUUCCACAGUUAUGUUCAGUAAAGGGGGUUAUCACUUAGACAGUUUGUUCCUGUUUAGAUUUACUUUCUUAAUUACUGCAGCGCUGAGUUGUGAGCUGUACCACAAAAUGGUUCUACUGCUUUAACCACUGCACUGUGUUACUGUGACUGACUGUUAUGGAGAUUAAUUUCAAAUGCCAUGUUGCAAAAGUGCCUGUUAUUGUUAUGUCUUAAUAAAACAGCA